CAUGGCGCGGUUACGUUUUCCAGGUAGACCUGGCCAAAGAUAUGGCCGAUCCCUCAUUCGUUUCAUGCCACACGAAGCCAGAAAUUCACAGAAACUGUUCUUUAAUCUCACAGCUAAUAUCCAGAAGAAUUUGAGGUGGUUUUAUGAUACUUUCGGUGAUUCUGACGAGGAGGAAGAAUUCAGUGGCUUCACUUUAAAAGAAGAUGAGCUGGAUGCUUAUCAGCGUCUUAAGGAGGAGAGUUUCUUGGAGCUACGGAGCAAUUAUGAAGCUAAAAAAAUCCAUACCCCCUCUAACCAACCGCCUCGAGUUAACAGCUCGGGUCGCAUGGUCAGGAAUGUCGUACGACGUUCCUACGCUGCUAUGCUUCGCGGAGAGGAGGACCUGUCGCCGAAGUCCUACAUCGUCAGGAGACCUGAGGAGCUCGUGGGAUACAGUGUGAAUCAGAACGAUGUAAAUCUAUCUUCAGAUAGAGCACCGGAAUCGCCGUCUAAAGCUCUCAACACCAUCAAAAUUAAACUGUUAGCGGACGGCAAGAAAGCCAAGAUCGUGCGACACCGCCGUGCCCCGAUCUUCAACACCGAUUUUAUCCGACAUGAUGUUUUGAAAAAGGAGCUGACCCAGCAAGAUAAGCGAACUAAAAUGAUGCAGGAUAAGUUCAUGCGAGAAUCGAAAGCUCGGCAGAAGAAGAGGGAGAAAUUGGAACGGGAAAGACAACGUAAACAAGAGAAGCUACAACGAGAGAGGAUGAAACGACAGAAAGAGAAAGAGAGAGUGAGAAUGAAGAAAAUCAAGGAACGAACAAAAAAACAGCAGAUACGAGAAAAGAAAAAAGCUCUCGCUUUGGCGAAGAAGGAGAAACUCAUGGCAAAGAAAAGGGCCAAAUUGGGGUUACCGCCUCUAAAACUAAGUAUAGUUGGAGGAAGUGUUCAUAAAAAAACUGUGGCCGUUAAAACUGAAACCCCUCAUGAGGCUGCGCCACAAAGAUUGCCCAAGAGUGUUGGUGUAGCACCGACCAAGAACAAAGCUGCGAAGCAAAUCUUAGCCCGAGCCAAGGGACAAAGAAAAAAACCUAAGAUAGAGUUAGCCUCCUCGUUGUCAACCAAGAGGACUUUAAAGAAAUCUCUGAUGCUGAAUGAUAUGGUGACAAAUACAAAUUUCUUGCAACGUUCUGUCAGUCCACCAGCACCAAUAGCUACAGGAUUGCCAGGCAAAGUGUCGGACAAAGUGAAAAGUAAAACGAAAGUUUUAUCCCAGGUCAUUGAAAAGGAGAAACCAGUCAAAGGCACGAUGAGAACUCCAGUUGUUCCUGGUAAAAAAUCAAGGAAGUUAAAAUCUUUAUCAGAGACAGGAUCUCCGACAGUAUCUGAUAGGAACAGUAGUGAUAUCGGUAGCCCUCCAUCCGCGACUAAAAUUGCUGGGGCCUUCUGUCUUCCAAGCUUCAGUGCACGCUCGUCGCGUGUCAUCAAGCCUUGCAAGCGAUAUCUUGAAGACAGCAUGAUGUCGCCGUCUGCGAAACUCCCUGUAUCUCCUCGGCCCGCGAAACUCCCUGUAACUCCUCCGUCGGUAUCUUCAAUUUCUUUUAAAAGGGAGACACUUGAGGAGCGGGAGGAGCUUUCUUCUUUUGCGGAUAUUUCGAGCGAUGACGACUUUGAAUGUGAACCUCUCAGUCCAUUCCAUAAACCGUUCCAUAUGAAGCCCCGAAUUAGGAAAGGGAAAGUUAACUCCAGUAAGAUUCACAAGCCUCAUUUCUCUUCUGUUAAAGGAUCUAAGCUUAGGAAGAGUAAGGCAGCUGUCCAGUUUGUUUCGUCUGAAAAACUUACUUCCGAAAUGUCCGAGGCUGUCAGCAAACGGGUAAAUAAAAGUCAGAAUCGGUCACAGUUGAAAAGGACAAAGGGUAAAGCGCUUGAAGACGAACAAUCAUCGGAGAGCGUCAAGCCGUCUAGGACCAAGACACCACCGCGACGAUUCCUUGAGGAUCGGGAGAACUGCGUGUUGGAGGUUGUGGGCAGAAGCAUAGUACUGGCCCGUCAAGAACCAAAAAAAUCAUCGUACAAUUAUCAUAAGAUCAAAUCAAAACUGCCAACCCCCGUGCUGCAAGAAAUGAAGGGUUCCCAUCGGGCACACUUAAUGAAGCUUGCUAAGGAGAAGAAGACUGUUCCAUUGUCUGCAGAGGUGAAGACACCGCAACACUCUCGACCGAUUAUGGGUGGAGAUAAAAGUAGUCAUCUUGAUGCAGUUUCUAAACAGAUGGCAGAGGCAAUGGAAGCAGACAUGUCCCCUGAGCAAAUGGCUAACAAACCAGCAAAGAUUCUAAAGCAAGAGUUUCAAGUCGAGCGUCAAGAAACGCCCGUUGCCAGAGGCCCAAGAAUCAAACAUGUCUGUCGUCGCGCUUCCGUGGCCUUGGGGUUAGAGGUCGCGACCUUCACUAAGACGGACGGGAUGUCUGAACUUACGCUGAGUGCGCUCACACAGGAUUAUCUGGAGUCUGACGAUGAGGCAGUCAAGAUUGAAACUCCAGAAGCUGACGACACCCAAGAUUCACCCAGCAAGUACUCUCGCAAAAACCGAGGAGCGAACUACAAGAAGAUCAGAGAUGAGCUCCUUAACGAUGAGCGCGGUGAAGAGCGGGCACCAUACCGUAGGAAAAGUAAAACCACCCCUAGCGAGGAUCUGCCAUAUGAGCCCUCGACUCCGAGCGACGAUCUGCCCUUUGGGCACUCGGUGCGGAUCCGUGUGGCUCCGUAUUCAGGGCCUAAGAUUCCUAGACUGAAACGAAUGCGAUGUGGGCAGUGCAGCCCGUGCCAGCAGAAGGAAGACUGCGCUGAGUGUGAAUUCUGCUUAGACAAAACCAAGUUUGGUGGGCCAAAUACGAAGCGUCAGGCUUGCAUAUUCAAGAAAUGUUGGAAUCCAGUUUACAAACAUCAAAGAAUAAAAACGGCAGUGAGGAAGAGAUCUCCCAGAUUCCAACGGAAGAACCUGAAACCGAAAGCUAGAGAGGAACAAAUGGCACCUCAAGCCCAAGUUGGUCAGCCUUUCCGGAUGUCACCCUUCAAGCAGAGAGCAAAGCUAGGCAAGCUCAAAGCCAGGAUCAAGUUACCGACGCAUCGUGGCUCUAUUAAGGUGUUGACCUCCAAUGCACCCAUGAGCAGGCUGCAGCGACAACGCAUGGAGAAAGAAAUGGCAAAGCUGAGGAAGUUUGAGGCGAACAGGAACAGUUCAUCGAACUUGCCCGUUGCAAAGCAGAAAGCAAAAGUUCCUGUCGUACCUCUGAAGGUGAUCCAUCAUCGAAUUAAUAUCGAUUUCAAGGAGGACUAUGACAUCGAUGUAGCCUGGCUCCGAGGUAUGGCCAUACUUUCAUCAGAACCAAUGGUACCCCGCACUGUAUGUUAUCUAUGUGGUAGCACUGGUAAACAUGAGAUGAUUUAUUGCAACGUGUGCUGUGAGCCCUUCCAUUCCUUCUGCUUGGAGGACGAAGAGCGCCCUCUGGAGGGAGAGAAAGAGAACUGGUGCUGUCAGCGCUGCAAGUUCUGUCACGUCUGUGGAAUGCAGGAAAAGCUUUUAACGUGUGAUAAAUGCCACAGCAGUUACCAUCCUCAGUGCCUUGGACCGAACUAUCCGACCAAACCGUCUAAACGAAGGAAGAUAUGGGUCUGCACAAAGUGUGUUAAAUGUAAGAGCUGUGAUGCCACCACGCCGGGUCAAGGGUCAAAUGCCCAGUGGUCACAUGACUUCUCAUUGUGUCAAGACUGUGGCAAACUUUUUGACAAAGGAAAUUACUGUCCGAUCUGCAGCCAGUGCUAUGAAGAUGAUGACUACGUCUCCAAGAUGAUGCAAUGUGCAAAGUGUGAACGCUGGGUCCAUGCAAAGUGUGAAGGGCUCACCGAGGAUAUGUAUCACAUCAUGACUGACCUGCCGGAGACCGUACCCUACAUCUGCGUCAAGUGUGAUCCUGUCCGUCCGGCUAAGUGGCAGGUUGAACUGGAGGAAGAGAUGGAAGCCGGCUUCCAGAACGUCUUACGAGCCAUGCUCAACUGCCGCAGCGCCUCUCAUCUGGUUAACCUGGAGAAGAAGGUGAAGUCUGGUAGGCAUCGUUCCUCGUCACCAGCAAGCUCUUCAGGAUUGCGACGAGACCUCACUCCAUCGCCAGCUCUCAGUGAUACGCUAUCAGCAGAUUCUUACUCCAGUCCAGGUGAAUCCAAGACUGAUUUCAUCUCACGUCGAGUGUCUCCAAGAUUCUUGAAGGAGCAGAAGUCGAACCCUGGACCUUCAAGUUUGAGUACAAAAGAAAAGACUGAAGUCAAAGUAGACUCGCUCAUUAUUGAGACGACAGACAAGAAUGAGGAGGUUAGAGAAGGCAGUCGCUCAGCAACCUUGGAGCUCGAUAGCAGCAAGAGUGAAACAGAUUCUGCAAAGGUCGUACCAGAUGAAGAAAGGACAGAGUCCAUGGAAGUACAAUUGGAGCAUGGUCAUGUUCCUUCUUCCAUGCUGCCAGAAGCCCCAAAACAGGAUGCUAGAGAGGCCCAGGAAUCCACUGAAGAUGCAUCGUCCAGCCAUGAACUACCAAUGCCAGUUUCCUCGGAACGUUCUCCAGAAACCAAUAACUCUGAGCUCUCAGAAGAGGGACAGGCACAACCAGAAAGUGACACACAUGCUCUCUCAGAAUCAAAGUCAGAUGUAAGCCUUGAUCUCUCAGGUUCACAAGACAUUCAGGAUCAGGAAGGUGGUGUUGAUGUUUCUAAUGUUGGUAAUCUAGGGAAGGAUCAAGUGGAACCCAGGAUGGUCUCUGAUUCUGCUGUCGCAGAUCCCACUUCUGACACCGUUAUGGAUCCUUCUCCAGUGCAAGAUGGGACAUCUGCUGAAGAGAGCAACCAAAUCCCUGCAGCUGACUCCACCGAGCUUCAAAGGCAUUCCCCAAGCAAGAACAAUAGUCGAGAAGAGGAGACAAUAUCCAGACUUCCAGAGCCCUCAGGCUCCGAAGCUGUAGUACAUGUGCAAGGGGAUGAGCAAGAUUCUAUUACAAAUGCACUAACAGAGGAGGGGCCCCCGAACAUGGAUAAGUCUGAUUUAGAUACACCUGUUCAGGACAUUGAGGAGAAGGGUGUUGUGGACCAAUCAUCACAAAGUGACUUCGUGUCAGUCAACCCUUAUCAAGUCACAGACGACGCAACGAUACCUGCCAAAAAUGAAACAUCUGAAAAUGAACCAGUAAAAGAUGCAACUGACGGAAAUGGUGAUGCCGGAACAAUUGAUUCCAAGAAUUUGGACGAUUCCAAAAACUUGGAUGAUUCCAUUACUGCAGAGGUAGAACAGUCUAAAGGUCAGCUAGAAAAGAUAACGAAGGUGGUCAAACAUCCCAAAGAUCUCCGAUUGGUGAGCAAGAGAGUGAGACAAGGACAUUACAAAACUGUGGCUGAGUUUUGUGACGACUGUGUUCGUAUCAUCCAACACUCACUGUCGUCUGAAACAGAACAGUCGUACAACCUGAAGCGAAAUAAUCGCACGUCUUGCGCCAUCUUCCUGAAGAAUAUGAAUAAGAUGUUCCCCUGGUACCAAGUGGAAACGUCCAAGUCAUGGGAGCAGAACCAGAAGUACCCUGAUGGUAUGUUGUCCCAAGCUGUACUACCACCACACAGUGAUCAUGAAUACGCACAGUGGAUGCAGAGGAAACACCCAUUGCCUGGAGUGGUACAGCCCUCCCCUCUUAAACGACUCCCCUUCUCGCCCACGAGUAGGGCCCCAGCUAGAAUCAUCGGAGGAAGUGCUCAAGUGACCCCCUUGAUGGAGCCCAAUACAGAUGAUACCAGACGAUGCUGUUUAUGCGGGAGAUUCUCAGAUGAAGAUCCUAACGGUGGGGGAAGGUUGCUCUACUGCGGACAGGAUGAGUGGAUACACAUCAACUGCGGUCUGUGGUCGGCGGAGGUAUUUGAAGAAAUGGACGGAUCGUUAGUCAACGUUCACGCUGCAAUCUGGAGAGGCAGGCAGCUGCGUUGCGAGAACUGCAACAAGUUUGGAGCGACAGUCGGCUGCUGCCAGCGAGGGUGUCCUGCCAAUUUCCACUUCAUGUGUGCUCGGGAGAUUAAAUGCGUCUUCCAGGAGGACAAGAAAGUCUUCUGCAACACGCAUCGUGAUAAAGUGGAUCGAGAUAUCAUCCAAGAUGGUAACUUCGCCGUGCUGCGUCGUGUCUGCGUCAGCCUAGACAACAUGAAACUCAAUCGUAACUUCACUCAGGGACUUGAAGUCAGUCGUAUCAAUGUCAUGGUUGGGUCGUUGACUGUGGAUGACCUAGGUCGUCUCGGUCCCUCCUCGGACCAACAGGAUGCCCUGUAUCCUCUAGAGUUCAGGUGUCAGCGAGUCUACUGGAGUACCUUUGACGCACAACGGCGCUGUGUCUACACGAUCCGCAUCUAUGAAUGCAAAGUUGUCAGCACCCCAAAGUCGCCCCUCGAUGUCAACCACACCACAGCCCACAGUCCGGGCGCCCUCCAUAAAAGGAAGUCUCAGGUUCAAAUCACGGAGCUCCCGAACGACAUGCCGAGCAUUCCUGAGGAAGAUGAAGGGAUGCAACUCCGAGGCAAGGAGGCGGGAGUUGAGAUGAUUGACGGUGUCUUUGAAUUAUCUCUCGACAGUACAGGAUUAGAGUCAUUGCUGGAUCCAGAGACUCUCCUACAGUGUGAGGCGGAUCUAAGAGAAGGUUGCAUCGAUCCGGAGAUGGCUCUUAAUGCGGCCUUCGAACAGAUUAACUCAGAAAUUGCCAUGGAGAUCGGAGAGUAUGAUCUUUCGCUUAAAGAUCAGCCUCCUAUGUUAGACCAAGCUCUGAUGGAUUACCCUGAUGAUUUAGACUCCAGUGGUAAAUUAAACAAAAGCUGCCCUUCGUUCGGACUUCAGAGUCAAGACCCGGCAUUCCAAUCUACUGUCGGCGAUGUUAGACUUACCCAGUCUUGGCCGAUACCGCCGUCUAACACGUCUGGUCUUUCGGAGAAAACACUAAAGAGUUUGCCUCAGAGUGCCCUUGCCAACCCGAGCUUGACCAUGGUAAAUCUGGCUCAUGAUAAUGACCUCUCAUCUGAUCUGAGUCGGAUGGUCAUGAGCUUGAAUAACGCUGCCCAGAGCGGCCGAACCGAGGAGAUGACAAGAAGAUCUUCCCAAGACAGUAGUGUGUCGUCAGAGACUGUUCCUGCAGGAGCUGCUGCUCAACUUGGCCAUGUUGAAGCUGUAUGCUCCCAGGAAGGGCAACCCAAAGACAUUGUAGGUUUCUCACAAGUUGGUGGAGCAGCAAAGAUGGCAGUUCCAAGCUCUGAAUCUGGAGUUGGUGCCACAUUCUCAACAGGCUUCUCUGUGAGGUCAAUGGGAGAAGCCUCAACAGGCUCUCCUGAGAGGUCAACGGGCGAAGCAUCAACUGGGGCUACAGCAAUUUUCGACUCUACCACACGAAACUCUGAGUUAAUCUCAAGAACUUCUAUGUUAGGUUCUCAUUCCAUUGAAGAGGAGUCGUUUGGGAAAGCCGCGAUCGAAAGCCCUGACACGGUUACAAGUUUGUUCCAGUCAGAGAUUGAGAGCGCUGUAAGGAGUAAUGGACCACAAUUGAUUUCAGGACUUAAUAAAGUGGCCACGCUACCAGAGUCUUCACUCGACACUCCCACAAGAUCAGUAAUCAAGUUUAUUGAUACAUUGCUAACCAACUCCCCAGAGGACAAAUCACCGGAAGUAAAAACAACCAAUGCUGAGCAAGGCUCAAUUAUUGCAGACACAAACAGAAUACCUUGUCAAAGCUCUGUGCAGCAGAGCACCACAACCGCGAAUGGAGAGCCAAAAGAAACUAUUGUUGAAAACAACGAUGCGAAGGAUGAAGUGACAUCAUCUUGCCCCAAGGAAACAUUUGAUUCGGAUUCAGACUUGGAUCCCCGACUCAAGGAUAGUCAAGAGACUGUCGAGAGUAGUGACAACACCGACACGCUGAAAGAAGAAAAUGGACUCAGCUCGCAAGAGAGUACAGAGGAUGAAACCGAUUUGAGCCAACUCACUAAAGACAUUGUGACUGAUGUCAUCGCAAUGGAGAAGCUGGCAAAGCAAUCAGCUGAACAAUCCACACCCCUAUCAUCGGCAGAUAUGGAACAGUCGGAAUUGAGCGAGGAUAGCAAGGACUCCUCUAUUAGCGAACAAAGGGGAGAUGAAGCCUCUUUGGAAGGAGGCACAAUGCUGCACAAAAAUGAAAGUAAUUCUUCUGAAACCAAAUCAAAUUUCCCUUUGACUCGGAACGACAAUGCCUCUGGAAGCUGUCUAAGUGACCUUGUACCUCAGAGUUCCACAACACACAGGCAAUUAUAUGUGCCUGUGGUUGGAGUUGGAGAAACUGACAGUGACUCACCAACAGAGGGCGCCAUAUGUGGGAGUUCUGAAUUCAGAGAUGACCUCACACUUGAACAGAGUCCUGGAAUAGCUUUACAUGAAGACAAAUCCCAGGCCCAGUCACCAUCUGAAGUAUCAUCAAAUCAAACGACGGAAGGAGUUGAUAUGGCAUCACAUCCUGAACCUAUGAUUCCUUGUGGAAUUGACCGCGCUGACGUAAAUGUGCUUGAAACAUCUUCCGACAGUGCUUCCCAAGUUGCUGCGCCUAAUGGUGAGAUAGAGUACAGCGAGUCAAGACAAGUUGCUGUGAUUGAAACUCCUGUUGUGAGCUCAUUGGUUAAUAAAGUCGGGGAAGCCUCAGAUACUGACCAAUCGGAACACAUGGAUGUGGAUGAUGACCUCCAACUUUCUGCACAGGAGGAAAAUAACUCCGCCUCCAAGAACACAUCACUAACUCCUGAGGUAGGUGUGAACGUUUCGUCCGAGGAACAGGUCCAUAGCCUUGAAGGACAUGUUCCAGAAGAGGUUGAGCUGCUUCUAAACUUGUCGAGUAGUACUUCUGAGGAAGUAGAAGCAGAUGGUCUCCUUGGUUCCACCAAGGGCUCACUUGAAGAACCCAUUGGAGUCACGUCACCCUCUGAGGAAAGCCUCGAGGAGGAUUCAGCCAAGGAACCAGUAGCUUAUUCCCAUUCUUCGGACGAGGAAGUUGUUGAACCAGCUGCAAAGAAGAUCAAGUUGGGAGAUUCACCAACAAUGUUAACUGAAAAAACUCAAACCCAGGGAAGUUGUUGUCCUGAAAACCUGAGAAGUGCUUCUCCUCCAGUCUCUUUAGAACGACCAGAUCAGAAGGACGUCGAGAGAAAAGAAAGAAGUGUGCAAGAAGAACUGAGAGACGAAGUUGAUGUUAAUGUCAGCGAGAAUCAAUUUGAGGUCGACAACUCAUCAGAGCUAGUUGCUGUACCUUCUGAGAGCAUAAAGAAAGAUCGUGAGAAAAGUGAUCCCAGUCACUCUCCAGUUGUUAAAGUGCUGCCACCAGGAAGUUCAGAUGAAGACAUCUUUGUAGACGAGAGCCAACUCAACUCUGACGGCGUUAAUUUAUCCAUGGAUACCGAAGACAAUGCAUACAAUCAAAGCAAUCGGGAACAACCAGUGGAAGCCAAGAAGCUUAACCCAAGAGACACCUUUGUUGCCCUGAGGAAGGCAAUUGUUGUUCUCCAUGAUAUUUGUGCUGGGCAGAGCAAACAAGCUGGAAGUCUUUCUUGCAGUCUCCCUUUAACACCUUCCACAGAACUUGUGAACUCAUUGCCAAGCUCGCCGGAACAUCACCAAAGCUUUUCGGAUAGAUCUGCUCCAGUCCAGUCUGACAAGUCUCAAUCACUGCCAAGCACACCCUGCUUAGAAAGAAACAUAACCGAUUUGCCACAUGUUCUGGAAGACUUCAAAGAAGAUAGCAAUUCAGAGUCAGGAGUAGGGGUGAUAGGUGUUGAAAGUGAUAAAGUAUUUGAGAAAAACAGUUCAGAAGUUUGUCAGGAGCCAUUUGAAAAGUUACAACGAGACGAUACUUUUGAGAAGUCAAUGCAUGAUGAGACUGACUCACUGAUCACUAAGGAACCAAAACAGUUGGGAGACUUUGUCCUCGAUGAAAGAACUGGCGUCUUUGUUCCAGGCAUGUCUGAUUCCGAGUCCAAAAAGGAUAAUCAGGACGAUUCCACUGGCGACAAAAUGGAUAUCGAAGACAGUCCCUCAUCAAGGAAAAAGUACCCAAUGAGGGCAACCUUCUCUCGUCUUACUCGCGUUGUCGACACACCGAAAGAAAAACAAUCAAGGCAAAGAAGGACGUCCAGUGUUAGUAUCACAUCAUCGGAGGAAACACCUUCAGAGAAUCCAGAGAAAUUACUGUCAAAGGAUGUCACAUCCCCGGAAGUCGAAAUGAGAGAAACGUUUACUGAAGAUAUGACAACACCCGAGGUAAAGAAAGGACCAGGUAGACCAAGGAAGAACAAAGUUGGUAUUACUCCAGUAUCUGCAGUUUGGAAAUCUGAAUCGAACAAAGUUGGUAUAACGCCAGUAUCUGCUGAUGGGAAAUCCGAGUUCAAACCAAUCACACCCGGUCUCAAGAGAGGACCAGGUAGACCAAGAAAGGUGCGUAGGCUGCUUACAUCUGAAUCAGGGGGUCCUGAAACAGAUAAAUCAACGCCUCCACCAUGUCAACGAAUCCUCAGGAAAAGAACCCCUCAAAGUCAGCCACAAAUGAAAAAUGUUGAGAAAUCCAGGAAAAGACCACUGGAAGAGGUUGAUUCGGCUAAUGCUGUCACAUCGUCAAAAGAUGUGAAAGUGGUUCAAAAUAAAUUGCAAGGAGAAAAGGACUCGCAACAACAUCAGGAAUCAGACAAAACCUCUGAGACUCAACUUAAAACAACCGAAUUAGAAACCCAAUCUGCCUCUGCAGAUGCCAUAAAGCCUGCCCGACGCUGGCCACUCAAGCGAGUCAUGGGAGACUUUGUGUCAAACAAGGAGUUGUUAGACCUGUGGACUGGGCUUCAACCAGACAUGGGACCCCUGAAAACAAUUAAAACAAAACCAGUAGUGAAGAAAGAUGAUUCUACCACAGGAAAUUCUCCAAAGGAAGUUAAACUUGCAGAUAGUAGGAUCAACCAAGUACCUGUCAAUGUGGAUGCAUCAAGUCAGCCUUCAAGUUCCGAUGCAUUGGAUUCAAAUGUAAACUCAAAAGACUACCUGAAGGUAAUAUUUCGCAGCCACUCAAGCUCCCAACGGGCUAAGCUUUCAACAAAUCAAAGUGCUCCCAACCACAAAGGAAAAGCUGGCGAUUGUGUCAUCACAAGCCGGAAAGUCAUCUCGGUUACAACGGAGGAGUUUACUAGACUCAAAACAGAAAUGCAGAAAUAUAAAAAAGGUGGGAAAACCAAAAUAGGAAACCACGAAUUUUUGGAAAUGAUCCAAUCCACAACGAGAGACUCAGAAAAAAAUAAUGUGUCAAAUGAUGGCGUUGGUGCUCAGUCUGCAGCCAGUUCAACCCCAAGGGAUCCUCCAGGUUCUGAAAUGCGACAGGGACAAGUAACUGAGCAUCCUGAGAAGGGUAGGAAGUUGGAAGAGGAAAGCCUUCCACCUGUUCUUCCCAUACAGCUUGAUAAACAGAUAGCUGGAAUAGCAACAGAGGAGAGCCUUCCACCUGUUCUGGUUAAACAGCUUGAUGAAGAGAUGGUUGUCAAGUCCUCAGGGAUAACCCUUCCACCUGUUCUAGACUCUCAGCCUGGUGAACAGAUCUCAAGGAAGCCAUCGAAGGAAACCCCUCUCAAUUUAAUGAAAAAAUUUGUCCAGGAUAGUCUUGCCCGGAAAUCGUCGGCCGUCAGCUUAUGUACUUCAGCAGCGUCGAUUCCAUCAAGAGUCCACCCUAAGAGCAUCAUGUCCACCAUCCCGCCAUUUGGUACUCCUCGGAUUUCUCCAUCUGUGCUUAGACCCUUACAACCUCUUGUGCCAAGAAGUACUCCAACUGUCAUGACCAUUGCCAUUACAUCACAUAGUACAGUAACUUAUCCUCAUAUAUACACUCAACAAGGUCCUGUUGUAACUCGAGUGAUUUCCCCCGCUGUCUCAGUACCUGGAUCUGUAUGGACCCCUUUCAACAUGCCCGUACCCUCCUCAGCUCUCCAAGUUGCCCCGUCCUUUGUUUCUUGUACUCUGCAGCCUCCCAUUAUUCCACAACAACUUGCUUCACUAUAUGUGCCACCUGUCCCACUCACAAUGCCUUGGCACCCAAAGCCUUCACUAGUCAGUUCAACAUCUUGUUCGACGUCUUUUUCCAAACCUAUGCUGAAUGCCUCUGUCGUCGAUCCUGGACUGCCAUGGAGGCCCAAACCUUCCCCUUCACAGUCUGACUCGAUUCUCUACCCAUCUGUUUUUGGACUUCAAACCAGAAGAUUGGAACCUUUGACCAACCCAUCACAAAGCGGCUACCCGCUCUAUUCGCAACCAUCUGUAGUUUCAUCUAACAGGACUUCCCUAGAGGGUCAUGUAACACCGUUUCCCAUUGCUGGACUGAGUACAGAGCCCGUACCUUUCGCAUCUCUCCAGCCAAUGAUGUCUAUUCCUACCUCAUCUGCCGUUGAACAGCUGUGGUCGCUUAUACAACAAAAGGCAGACCAGACACAGAGUGAAUCCCCAAGUCUUAUUCAACAAGAGAUCAACCGAUCAGCACGUUUAGAGCACACCUACGCUGCACUUAGACCCAGUGUCGGCAAUCCUUUGAAGAGGCCAGCAGCAGAAGACCUCCCUCCAAGGGUAGGGGCCAAGAGGCGAAAAAGCCCACACAAAGUCUCGAAAAUGUGGUUUGAUGAGUUUGGGAUGCUCCAGUCAAAGACAGACUCCUCUGACCAGCUGGGUCUGCCCGAGCAGCAGGAAGGUGCUAGCACGGCGAAGAGAAAGUUGCUCCCAAAGAACAAGGCGCCAAGGACGUCUCGGCCAAGGCCAAGGAUUAAGAAUGCCUCAGGUCCUAGGAUGAAGAUGCCAACGAUCAGCGAUGUGGUCCAGGCUGAUGAGCCGAUUAACAAACUCAUUGAGGACAGCAACGGGACUGAAGCAAAACCAAAAAUCAAAAAUACUAACAAAGCCAAAGGCCAGCGUACCAACAAGUCCACAAAAGGACCAUCUCGGAUCCCUCCCAAGCUUAAUCUACCCAACGCCCAGCGACUUCAGACUCAAGAGAAUAAGGAGAACAUUGCGGAGGAGAACCCCGCCCCGGUGCAAGCCAACAACGGCUACAAGUUGAUCUUUGAAGUCACUAGCGACGACGGGUUUCAGACUAGAGCGGAUACCAUGGAGGAAGCUUGGCGACAGGUCGUUGAGAAAGUUCAAGAACGGCGGAUCGAUGCGCGAAUGAAAAGCUUGUCUUUUGCCGGUGUGGACCCAGUGAAGAUUCUUGGCAUCAAGCAUGAUGCCUUGGUGUUCCUCAUUGAGCAACUGUAUGGAACCAAGAACUGCAAGCAGUAUCAGUUUAAGUUUCAUCAACGGCAGGGAGGAGCCGCCGUCGAUGAGGAGCCUCCGAUCAACCCACACGGCUGUGCGAGAGCGGAGAUGUUUACGUCUCGUUCUCAUCACGAUAUAUUUGACUUCCUGGCGUCUCGUCAUCGGAGAGCACCAGAGAUUGUUGAGGACACGCAAGAACAAGACGUGCAGCACAAAUCAUCAAGACGAGCAACGAGUCUUGAUCUUCCCAUGGCAAUGAGGUUCAGACAUCUGAAGGAGACGGCUAAGGAAGCUGUAGGUGUCUAUAGGUCUUUCAUCCAUGGUCGUGGUUUGUUCUGUAAGCGCCCCAUUGAGGACGGUGAGAUGGUGAUUGAAUACUCUGGUGUUGUCAUCCGAGCAAUACUCACCGAUAAGCGAGAAAAAUUCUACGAGAGUAAGGGCAUUGGUUGUUAUAUGUUCCGCAUUGAUGAUUUUGACGUCGUGGAUGCAACAGUGCACGGCAAUGCUGCUAGAUUCAUCAAUCAUUCAUGUGAUCCCAAUUGUUUCUCCCGGGUCAUUCAAAUCGACGGCAAGAAACACAUCGUGAUCUUCGCCAGUCGUAAGAUCCACAAAGGAGAGGAGCUGACGUAUGACUAUAAAUUCCCCAUCGAGGAUGUUAAGAUACCUUGCAAUUGUGGAGCUCCGAGAUGUCGCAAGUAUCUGAACUAACUUGUCCAACUGAAGUCGGUCUGAUGCAAGAAAUUGUACAGUGGCAAGAUGACGCAAGUCUGAACUAACUUUCCCAACUGAUGACGGUAAGAUGCAAGAAAUUGUACAGUGGCAAGAUGACGCAAGUCUGAACUAACUCCUAACUGAAGACAUUAAGAUGCAAGAAAUUGUACAGUGGCAAGAUGUCGCAAGUCUGAACUAACUUUCCCAACUGAUGACGGUAAGAUGCAAGAAAUUGUACAGUGGCAAGAUGACGCAAGUCUGAACUAACUCCUAACUGAAGACAUUAAGAUGCAAGAAAUUGUACAGUGGCAAGAUGUCGCAAGUCUGAACUAACUUUCCCAACUGAUGACGGUAAGAUGCAAGAAAUUGUACAGUGGCAAGAUGACGCAAGUCUGAACUAACUCCUAACUGAAGACAUUAAGAUGCAAGAAAUUGUACAGUGGCAAGAUGUCGCAAGUCUGAACUAACUUUCCCAACUGAUGACGGUAAGAUGCAAGAAAUUGUACAGUGGCAAGAUGACGCAAGUCUGAACUAACUCCUAACUGAAGACAUUAAGAUGCAAGAAAUUGUACAGUGGCAAGAUGUCAUAAGUCUGAACUAACUUUCCCUACUGAAGACGAUAAGAUGCAAGAAAUUGUGGAGUGACAAGAUGUCGCAAGUAUCUGAACUAACUUUCCCAACUGAAGAUGAUAAGAUGCAAGAAAUUGUGGAGUGACAAGAUGGCGCAAGUAUCUGAACUAACUCUCCCAACUGAAGUUGACAAGAUAUCAGCAAUUGUAGAGUGGCAAGAUGGCGCAAGUCUGACCUAACUCUCCCAACUGAAGACGUUAAGAUGCAAGAAAUUAUGGAGUUGCAAGAUGGCGAAAGUUUGAGGACUAAGACUUCACAUUCCCUGUGAAGAUGUCAAGAUUUAUUGCAAUUGUAGAGUGGUAAAAAUGUGUGUCUGGGCUGAUUUAUCCAAGUUGAGUAAUUCAAGGCGUCCUGCAACUAUAGAGUGGCAGUAUGAAGGCAAGUUAUUAUUCUCUUGCAAGUGGUAAAAUGGCGCCCGUACUGGGUACAAUGUACAUUCAACCGACUCCAAAGGAGGAUGGUACAAAAUAUUGCAGUUGUAGAAUGGUAAGAUGUCGUCAAGAAAGCUAAAGCUGCACAGACAGAUUUUUAAAUGGCAACAACCUUUAACAGGAGAUUGUUUACAAAACUGCUGUUGGAGUAACUUAUUUGACUGAACUAUACGUACUCAAUAAUUGACUGUGGAGCAAGAUUGCCAACACUUGUCGUUGAGUUUUAGUCAGCUAUGAGAAUACCAGGUGACAAGUUAUGAACCAAUCACAGCCCUGGAAUGCAUACAUGUGACUCGCAAUCGACCAAUCAGGACAGUUUUAAUUUCUUCCAUAUUUUUCAAUGUUUCAUGCAUAUUGUUAUAAAACACUGUACAAAAAAAAACAUCUUUAUCAUUUUAAAUUUAUAUGUAAUUUAAGUUCAUUUAAUGUAAACACAUUGUUUAAGUGUUCUAAUUUGUAAUUUCAUUCAUUCGUUAGUAAGGUGCAAUUUUGUUUGCAAGCUCGAAUGAUACAAAAUUUGUUGCCAAAGCAAUUCUGGUUAUUAAAAUAAUAAUCGGGGAGACAUUUUGAGAUAAAAAAUGUAAUUUUUCAAAUUGCAGAGACGAACUGUUGGCCGUAAUAAUGCCUUAAAUGCAAGAAGUAAUCUGACAAUUUGCAAAAGAAUACAAAAUAAUUACAAAAGCAUCGCACAAUUUGUACAUAGUUUUUAGGAGAUUUUAUUCUUUACUAUGCAGAUAUGCCAGUCUAUAAAAUUAAUUAAAGAAAGAACAUUUUCAGUCUGGAAAAUGAUUGAACACAAUAUUACAAGUACAUAAUCACAUUGUUUAUUAAAGGUCAUUGUGAUACUGCAAAGACCUAUUAAAUUGAUCCUAAUAUGAAAACUGGAACAAUUAUGAAAAGUCAAAUGUAUUCCAGAAAACUUCUGAAAAUGUAUGUUGUAAUCAAUGGCGUAAACAAAUACAGUUUUUAUUGGGAAGCUGUAUCUAGAAAACUGUUAAGUGAGAUACAGUUCAUUAUUUAAUUUUUUGUCCAUUGAUAGGUAACAUGUAUGUGGCUUGCUGUGCCACAAAGCACCUUGACUAAUAGCUUGAGGUUACCUGGGGCCAAUUUCAUAGAGCUGCUUAAGCAAAAAAUUUGCUUAAGCACGGAAAUAUAGCUCGCUUAUUUUACGCAUGUUACUGGACAAAAUUGGCUUGAUAUACAUUGCUUGUGACUGGUAUUUAGCUGUUGUUUACUUAGCAUAACAAUUGAGUGAUGGAGUCUUGGCCGGU